AUGAGCGCAUUGGCGCGGUCUGCCCGGCCCGCCGGCGCCGCGGCGACGGCCGUCUUCGCCGGGUCCGUGUCCCUCUGUAACGAGGACCACAUCGGGUCCCAGGAGCUCCACUGGAGCCACCACGGCGCCCUCGCGGCCUUCGACGCCUGCUCGGUGCGCCGCGGCUUCCAGGUCUACAAGGAAGUGUGCGCGACGUGCCACAGCGUGGAGCGCCUCGCGUUCCGGAACCUCGUGGAGUACGGCGCGUGGUCCGAGGCCGAGGUCAAGGCCAUGGCCGAGGAGAUCGAGAUCGUCGACGGGCCGAACGACGAGGGCGAGAUGUUCGAGCGCCCGGGCAAGCUGAGCGACCCCAUGCCGGGCCCCUACGCCAACGAGGAGGCGGCGCGCGCGGCGAACAACGGCGCCCUGCCGCCGGACCUGAGCCUCAUCGUCAAGGCGCGCCACGGCGGCGCGGACUACAUCUUCAGCCUCCUCAGCGGCUACUGCGACGCGCCCGAGGGCAAGGUCAUGCUGCCGGGCCUCUACUACAACCCCUACUUCGCCGGCGGCGCCAUCGGCAUGCCCGCGCCCCUCAUGGACGAGCAGGUCGAGUUCCCCGACGGCACGCCGGCGACGGUGUCGCAGAUGGCCAAGGACGUCGCCGUCUUCCUCUCCUGGGCCGCGGAGCCGGAGCACGACGACCGCAAGAAGGCCGGCUUCCGCUGGCUCGUCGCCCUCAGCCUCGCGGCCGUCGUCGCGGGCUGGACCAAGCGCUUCCGCUGGAGCAUCCUCAAGGCCCGCAAGAUCUCCUACGAGUUUUAG